AUGAUAAAGUUUAUUUUUUGGUUAUUUUUAGAUUAUUAAGCUAAAAUUUUGUACACCGAGCUAAGAUCUAUUUGCCAAAAACUCAUUUAACUAAUCAAUUUAUCUUCUAAUUCUUUAAGCUAAAUAUCGAAUUAUUUUGUAAAUGA